UUGUCUCAGGCGUCCAUCUCUGCACGCGGCCACGGACGCUGCUGCUCUGCCUCUCAGGCUUCGAUUCGUAUCGGACGGCGCAAGUGCUUCCUUGCUGUUCCUAUCUAUGCUCAGAACGCAAACUUUGUAAUCUGAGUCGUCCUUCCAGCACAGGCAAGCCGAUUUUCCUGGGACUCGGCGGUCUUACCCCCUCUUUAGGCUCCCACCGCUGACGCAGACUACUACUAUUGGCCUUCCGACGCUCUCUCUCUCGGUAUCACCCCUUUCGACAGUUACGAGCCAAGCCUCCGCCUCGUCGCAGACUCCUCCACCUCCGCCAAGCAGCUCAAGCUUGUUGACCACGCCCAGCAGCAGUAUGUCCGGUGGGUCAGUCCCAGGAUCCGUCUUCUCAACCCCGACGAGUAGUGGGCCAACAAGCUCGCCCACCGCUGCGAUUACUUUCGCAUGGUCUUCGUCUUUGCCGCAGACCUUUGCACUGUGCUCGAGCCCCACGAUCACCUGGAGCUACUCAGGUCCGCAGGAGUCGCUGGAGUUCCUCGUCACUUCGAACGUUUCGCCACACACAGACUCUGGCAACACAGUCCAAGGGGGCCCCGCCAACAUCAUUAUUGCUUCUGCCAUUGACGCUACUUCCCAAACGUGGAACUGGUCCCCGGUGAAUAUCAGCACGGGGCAGUACACUCUUGAGGCACUGGGGAGUGGGGUGCAGGCGAUAUCGUCAGUGUUCACUAUCAUCGCCGGUGAGGACACAUCUUGCCUCACUGCUUCUUCUUCCUCCGCCUCCACCUCUGGCGCCGGUUCCACAUCGGACACGAGUUCGGCUACGGGUUCAUCUCCCUCUCCUACGUCAUCGUCGACCGCGCUGCCCGUCCACGCCGCAGCGUCCGGGAAGUCCAAGGCUGGCGCGAUUGCUGGCGGCGUUGUCGGCGGCGUCGUGAUAGUCGCGGCGGCGUUGGCAGCAUACAUCUUCUUCGGCUUGUGCCGGCGGUCUCCCACCCGUUCCCGUCGUCGGGCCAUGGACGGUUCUGCACCCCUUGGCAAGUGGGGCGGCCUCUCGUCACGCGAUUCUGGCAUGGACGUCUCUGCACCUGUCGUGGCAGGCAAGGGCGCCGUGGUAGCCGCGCUCCCCCACAAGCACACACGCGCAACGUCCGAGUCCACCAGCGCCAACCUCUCCCCUAUCUCAAGCACAGCCCACGGCCACCUAUCUUCAGCCACGACCCUCGCUGGAGUCGAGGAAGAGAAGGCGAUGGGAUACGGCAAAGGCUACGAGUACAUCGAGUCCGUGCCUCCCUUGGCCUACAAGGGCAACCGCCGCCGCUCUUCCGCCUCAACUUCCUACCAGGGCCAACUGACCCCCAUCGAGUCCAUCCCGGAGCCAAACCCCUCCGCAGGCUCGCAAGGCCGUGCCCGAUCCAAGUCGGCCAGCCAGUCCCACCGCGCGCUCGCGCUUGCCAAGCUUGACGGCGGCAGUGAGUCCACCCCCGUCUCCCCGCGCAGCACGCGCCCUCCUGCGGUGUCUCGCCGGUCCAUCGACGCGACUCCGGUAGGUAUUCCGGCCAGUCCCCCGUACGAGAUGGGCUUCCUGCCCAGCCCCAUGAACCGCUCGUCCUCGGGAGCUGGCCAUAGCGGUCCACGCCGUGCUGCGCGUAAGCCCGUGCCCGCGCUCAGUUCCGCUGACACGCUGCCGUCUCCGACGAGCACGGCGACCCCGACCGUCCCCACCGGGGCGAGCGUAUCGCGCGGCCAGAGCCUCGCCAGUACCGCCACAGCCACAAGCUACCGCGCACCCAACGAGGCACCGGCGCAUCCGAUGUACAGGAACGACUCACAGUCGAGCACGAACCUCCGUGCGCCUGCUGCUGCCCCCUCGCGGUCGCGCUCCCGCGAGGACCUGGAGGCGGCCGGGCUGGAGCUCCCGAGCUUGAACCACAAGUCGAGCUUUGGAGACAGGCCUGUGCACUACCUCAUCCCCGAUCUGCCCCCGCCCCCGCGCAACUAGGCGUUAGGCCUUGUCGCGUGUCUUCCGCGUGCGAGGGGACGGAAAAUGUACCACUAGCGUCGGUGAGUAAUCGCUGCCGGUUAUCAUCGCAAGUAGAGGGAUGGCUAAUGAUGUGAUACGGACGCGCUGCACGUGCUGCCAGUCUGUACACCUAUGAUCGUCGCCACACUACUGUCGUCGCUCGCUGUUCCGUUCUCUGUCGUUCCUGGAGGGAGGAGGGCUGUUUGAAAUUCACAUGUGUUGUGUUUGGUACUUUGAUUGGUGCUCUCUAUCUCUCAAUUAUGCAGUUCGCUUCUCCUGGUCCACUACGACCCUCCCCAUACGCUUCACCUUCUGCUCUUGUAUUACUCCAAUCUGCCUCAAAACCCCUGCUCACCAGACUAUUACUUAUCACGAUACAUUACGGACACUUGCGUUGAUGACCCCAUCCCACUAGUCAACUCUUCGCAGCUCGCUCUUCGGUACUCUGUACUCGGUACGAGCCAGGCUGCGCCUGUUCUUGUGACGUCCCACUAAAUGCCACGUCUAU